CUCAUAUUUUAAUACAGUAUUAAAACUAAUAUUUGUUUGAGUGUUUCAAGAAUAACAAUACGCCGUAUUCAUUAAGAAUCGAUUGCAAUAAUUGUUAGGCACCUUGGUUCUCAUGACAUUGGAAACCAAUGUCAUGGGAUGACAUGGUGGCGCUCCCAAAAUAACAUAGGAUAUAAAUAAAAAUGAAUGUAAAAAUAUGAUUUGUACUCUUCUAGGAGGGUAUAGCCGUACAGGGAGUUGAGGCUUUCUUGCAGAGCAAUUCAACCGUCCCUUUUCUUCUUCGUAUAACCCCCAACUCAGCCUUCCACCCCAACCCUAGCUCCUCCCCAUUCCCCUUCUCCAUUGCUAUCUAUGGCUAGCCAACAAGCGGUUUCCCUACUGACAAGCCUUGGCCGCGCCGCCUUCGGUCUCGGAGUGGGCGCGACGCUGCUCGGCUCCUCGAUGUACACCGUCGAUGGCGGCCAGCGCGCCGUGAUUUUCGACCGGGUCCGCGGAGUGAUCGACCAGACCACCGGCGAGGGGACUCAUUUCCGGGUGCCGUGGCUCCAGAAGCCGAUCGUCUUUGACGUCCGCACCAGGCCUCACACCUUCUCCUCCGUCUCCGGGACCAAGGAUCUGCAGAUGGUGAACCUCACUCUCCGGGUCCUCUCCCGCCCCGAGGUCUCCCGCCUCCCCCACAUUUUCAAGAACCUUGGCCUGGAGUAUGACGACAAGGUUCUCCCUUCCAUCGGAAACGAGAUCCUGAAAGCUGUGGUGGCCCAGUUCAAUGCCGACCAGCUCCUCACCGAGCGUCCCCAGGUUUCUGCCCUGGUUCGGGAGAGCUUGACUCACAGGGCCAAGGACUUCAACAUUCGAUUGGACGAUGUCGCCAUAACCCACUUGUCGUAUGGCCCGGAGUUCUCUAAGGCCGUGGAGCAGAAACAGGUGGCACAGCAGGAGGCCGAGCGGUCCAAGUUCGUUGUUAUGAAGGCGGAACAGGAGCGCAGGGCUGCUAUUGUCCGGGCCGAGGGCGAGAGUGAGUCUGCAAAGCUGAUUUCAGAUGCUACUGCCGCCGCUGGCACGGGUUUAAUUGAGCUCAGAAGGAUUGAAGCCUCAAAGGAGAUUGCUAGCACCUUGGCUAAGAGCCCUAACAUUCAGUACCUGCCUAAGAACAACAAUUUGCUCCUUGGGCUCAGCCGUUGAGCGGUCGACUACAGAUGGCACUACAAGAAAAUUCCUCUUCUGCAACGGAAAAAUUUCGUGGCAGAAUCUAAUUUU